AUGAUUGACGCGGUUUGCAAAGCUUGGUCAUUUACUGAUCAGGGAAAAGAUCAGAGUUGCGCUAAGAGUAUUUCAUGCAGGCACCGCCACGUAAAUCACUGCUCAUUAGCGGAUCAGACCCCAGAAACGAAUUGAUUAUGGUGAAAUAGCAAAGCCUGACUUCAUUUAUAUAUAGAAAAAGAUGGCAUCUAAGAGCUUUACAGAAAAGUUGACAAACUUGGAGCAGAAAACCCUGAAGCCCGAACUUCCUGUAACCUGCAAGUGCCGGAAACAAUGUAACAACUGCAAGAUCUUCCUGGGGUUCUUCGUGCUGUCCCUCUGGUUGCAUCUGGUCACUCUGUUUUUCUAUUGGGAUCUCAGGUCUGAGGUGAAACGCGAGCUGUUGCACAAAAACAGAGAGGAAUUCGUGACCCCGGACGCACAUGACUUUAAAGAGCAGGAGUCUCCCGGAGUCGAGCUUUCGGACCUUCACUACUCUGCACUGCUGGAGGGUGACGAGCUGGCUCGGUCAAAUCAAUUCAACGCUGCUGAUCAUCCUCGUCUCCCAGAAGAAAAUAAGAGACCUAUUCACCGAACAAAAAGAAGUCAAAAUAGAGACAGGGAUGGGGAAGGAGGUUCUAAUACUAAAACAGGAAAAGUAAAAAAAAAAGGCAAAAAACAAGGACCUCCUGGUGCUCCGGGCCCUCCUGGCCCACAGGGGCCCCCAGGACCACAAGGCCCUCCAGGAAUUCCAGGAAUUCCCGGCAUCCCUGGAACCAGCGCUAUGGGGCCACCUGGGCCAGCCGGGCCUCCGGGACCACAGGGUCAACCCGGGCUCCCAGGACCUUCAGGAGCAGUAGAAAAAGCAGGGGCCAGAGAAACGCAGCCAGCUGUGGUACAUCUGCAAGGACAAGGAUCAGCAAUUCAAGUAAAGAAUGAUCUUUCAGGGGGCGUGCUGAAUGACUGGUCUCGCAUCUCCAUGAACCCCAAGGUGUUCAAGCUGCACACGCGCAGCGGGGCGCUCGAGGUGCUGGUCGACGGGACCUACUUCAUCUAUAGUCAGGUAGAAGUAUACUACAUCAACUUCACAGAUUUUGCCAGCUAUGAGGUCGUGGUUGAUGAGACCCCCUUCCUGCAGUGCACGCGGAGCAUUGAGACCGGCAAGACCAACUUCAACACCUGCUACACCGCUGGGGUCUGCCUGCUGAGGGCGAGGCAGAGAAUCGCCAUUAAAAUGGUCCACGCAGACAUCUCCAUCAACAUGAGCAAGCACACAACGUUCUUCGGGGCGAUCCGGCUCGGGGAGGCUCCGUCAUCUUAAAAACAAAAAACAAAACGCAUCACAGAUAUAUUGGAUACCCAGCCUUGAUGUCUGUCUGCGUCCCUGUCCCUAAUCCCUGCCUCUCACUCGCACUCAGAGGACGAAGGAGCCCAAGCGAUCAUCAGCUUGUGAAAUGCUCAAAUGCAGAGUCCUCAAUACCGUAGACCCUGCUAAUGUAUAUGAAGGAGCAGAGUUCUCCUCUGGAGGCUGUACGUUCUGGAAUCUAACUACUUGCAUGUAACAGCGGUGGAGUCCUAUCGCUCCCUCAGUUAUCACAGAUAUAAAAAAGGACCUUGCUAAUGUAGAGUGUAGCAGUAAAGGGAAUGAGCAAUGCACUCACCAGCAGAGACACUGUUCUGGUCCUUGCUUUGUCCUGCUGGAGGACCUUGUUGCUAAAGAAGCGUUGCCUUUUCAGGACCAGCUCUGACCUCAGGACUUGCAUGAGAUGAGAUUGCAUUACGCCGCACUCACUGUGGGGAAAUAAGGCAACUGUUUAUUUUCAUUAUAACCAUUUUACAUAUUUUAUAUACCAAGUCUUGUGAUCUGUGUCAUAAUAGGACAUCUGUCUAGUGCGCACUCAAGUACAAGAGCUGGAAAUAGAACAUUGAAAGGGACUGAAACCCAAUGGGAUGGUUCAGAAUCUCUAUGAAGAUAUUGAGCCAUGUGUUGAUGCAGUAUAUCGCUGCUGUCCAGGAAAACAGCCCAGCUGCAAUCCACACACUGGAUACCCCAAGAGCUCAAGCAGCAGAACCUGCAGAUUCCUAUUUGUCUUUUUAAGCUUAUUUAUGUUUUCAUGUUUAAUAGUGGAGCCGUCAUCACUUUAAUGUUUAGAUAACCCACCACCUUACCACAUACAUGUGAGAAAAUAUAUAUAACUACUGCGUGUUAUCUGUAAAUAUAUAUAUAUAUUUUUGACUGUAUUUAUGAAAGUCCUGCAGAGAUUCAGUAUCCCCUUCAGUGGAUCAAGUAGGCAUUGUAUGGUAAUGCUGUCUAAGAAAUCACCACUAACUAUACAAGAAGAGUCAUUUUGUUUUUUAAAGUCAGUACCUUCCUGUGCAAACCUUGCCACCUCAGAUUGUCCCAGACUGACAAGCAGUAAAGUUCUGUUCUCGAAUGCUGUCGUUUUACUGAGCAGCUUAAAAUACCUUUGAGACUUAAGCGCCAAGUAUCUUGCUAUCUAAAUAAGGAGCCCCCUACAGUGUGUUUAUCUCAAAGGCUGGUCCCUUGUUAGUGACCCUUAGGCAGAUGUGAGCCCACCUCCCUCCCCCUUUUUAAAUAAGAGGUCUUGUAAUAAAUUCCUGGGUGUGCCUAAAACGUACACGGGGAGGGCCAGCCUUGAAGCAGUGUAGUUGCUGACAGACACAGAGGCCACUGCUGUGGGCUCUUCUGGAGUGCACUGAAGAUACAGAACAGAUUCAUGGGUGUGAUGACCCAAAGGAACAUCUCCAUAAUGAAUUUGGGAGGAACGUCUGGCCCUGGGGCAUCCGUCCUAGGAAAGACACUCAUCAAUCCUGCCUAACCUUUGUCUUAAAGAACCGGAUCGCCACACUGUUAACGUGCUUAAAAAAAAAACUGAACCCAACAGAACUACUUGUUAAGGUAUUAAGAAAUCAUUGUCUGGUUUGAAGGAGUUUAAAAUCUUUUUUUGUUAUUUUUUUUUUAUUCAUUUGCAAUUUGCAGUAAUUUGCCUCUGGAAGAGUGAUGGUGUCUUGCUGGGUUCAUUCGAGGUAACUCUGCUCGUGGCUCUGUUCGUUCAGAGAGGCUGAUCCAGCGCAGGAUCCCUGUUCCCUGCAUGGCUCCUCGCUGUGCUGGAAAGGGUGGCAGCUGGAAGCCAUCGGAACACAGUGUAAACACACUAGCAAGCAAAACUAAACUAAACUCAAGGGCUUUUCCAUCACGCAGGCUAAUAGGCUAAGUUGUUUUGUCCUGCAGGCGUUCAUGCUAUGGGGAAGGCACCACCCUCACCUUUGAUUAAAAUGUAUGUUAUUACUAGAGUCUCACUCUAUUUCACAAGGCCUGUCCUGAUUUUAAAUAAAUAGCUUUCAUAAUAGUAAGAGAUUUAAUAUGUUUAUAACAAUUCGAGAUCUUCCAUAUAAAGAAAAAUAAACUCGGACUGAAUAGUGUGGCCAUGUCCACCUUGUAUUCUAAUGGGAUUUGUAUCUAGAGAUUACUGUAAUUGCUCUGUUUAAAAUGUCCCUUAAAAAGAGCAUUAGUGCGCUGUAGUCAAUAUACCAAACCUAAUCAGUCUAGUGUUUUCAGCUGUCUUAGAUAUAUAUGAAGUUGAAUUACAAAUAUAUGCACACUGAAUUGCUGCAAAGCCCCCUCCUCCUGAUUUCUCUCUGUAUCCAGAUGUCCAUUAGAUACAGGAUAAAGACCAUAUAUAAGCAGCUUUCUAUCAAGAUCGUCUCACUCAUAACCUUCUGUGGUCAGAAUAGAGGGAACAACUUUACAGGUCAUUAAAAAAGACCACUUUACUCUUCCCUAGCCAUAAUGUUAUAAAUGAUAUUAAUUGAUUCAUAUAAAUGGCAACAUUUUCCAAUAGAUUAGUUUAUGCC